UGAUCCGUACUACUGCGCACGCGCAGGUCGUUAUCGAAAGGGUGAGCCCGUAUCGGUGUGACUUUAAAUAGUUGUCACACGCAGUAUUACUGCGAAAUUACGGGUUAAUGUUGACGAAGUCCUGAUAUAGAGUAUAAUAUAGAGUGUAAGUAAUCGCACAUGGCUCUCAGAAGGUGCUGGAGGUUUGCAGGGAUUGUCCCGCGGCUGUUAUGGAACAGCACCGUCCUGCCAGGCGCUUCUAUCCCGGGAGGACGAGGCUCUGUGUCCAGCCUUGUCAGCACUCAUCCUGGUUGCAAAAUCUCGCAGUUGCUGCUCUAUAGCAGGUUCAGUUCAGCGCCACCGAGCUCAGAUGUGAGUUACGAGCAGCUGAAGCAGCUCCUGGCCGGUCGGAAAGCUGUAGUAAUAGAUGUCAGAGAGCCCUGGGAGCUCAGGGAGUACGGCUUCAUCCCCGGGUCCAUAAACGUUCCCCUGGGACAGGUGAACACUGCCCUCCAGCUGGGUCCGGAAGAGUUCAAAGAAAAGUAUGGCGGUGAAAUGCCUCAGCAGACAGAUAACAUUGUGUUCACCUGUCUGGCAGGAGUCCGGAGCAAGAACGCGCUCAACACAGCUGCUUCGCUGGGAUACAGAGAUGUUCAGCAUUACUCGGGUGGAUGGCAAGACUGGGUGAUGCAUGAACAACAUAAGUGAUCCAGGGAUAACCGAAGAGAUAAAGCAUUAUUUAAAGCUCUUUUUUAAAAAUUUAUCAAACUUGAAAGUGGAAGUGCAUAACGACGAGUCUUGUAAAGGCUUUUUAAAAAGUUCAUACAUUAUUUUUUUGUUGUUGUUGUUUAAAGAGCCAAUGAUUUAAGUUGUUUUCCCUCAUCUGUGAAUCCCAAAGACUGAAACCAGAGGGCUCAACAUAUCAGUGAUCACUUCUGCUGCAUAAGGUUUUCAACACUGUUGUAAAAUGACUUGAAAUUUGUUGUAAACUUGUUUCAACAUAGAAGUACCUAUAAAGCCUGUACAACUUCUAAACAAACACACAUUAAACCGAUGACUGUUCUAAACAAUGCCUGUUAUGAAUAGGUAAUGUACAGAAUGUGCUAAAAUUUUUGUUUCCAGACUAACUAUGCAAAUGACUCCAUAACUGUGUAUUAUUGUAAGUUAUUGAGACUAUUUCAUAUUAUGAAGCUUUAAGGUUGAUGUAUAUACUGAAUAGCGUGCUGCUUGUAGACGCAGCAGUGGAUGCAGUUGUUGCCAACGUCAUUCAGUAAAUAAAGUGACAUUUUUGAUUAA